AUGUCCGAAAAGCUUCUCUACAGAAAUACUUUUGACAACAUCGAUGCAAUUGUCGAUUGGGUCGCCGAAGGUUCCGUCAAAGCCACCGUCUUCAACAACACUCUCGAACUAGCUGCCCCAGGCGACUUUGUUUACUGGUUUUCACCCAUCGAAGAACCAGGCCUAGCUAUAAUUUUCCUCGGCGCAGCAGCCGCCAAAGACGGUGGAAGCAUCUUCGGCAAGGAUCUCAAACCCCGAAACGGGUCUUACCCGCAAUAUCACUCCAGCGACAUCCGAACGCUGCAUGCUUCGUAUUUCCGGCGCCGAUGGCCAGAGGAGAGAGCCUUUCAUCUUGCCAACUUGCGAAAGUCGCCUGGAUUUCAUCUUGUGGCGCAGGGAGCUGAUCCGCUGCCUGAUGUGGAGGAUACGCAGGGCGCUUAUUACAAGAUUGAGGUUGUUCACGACAAGCGAGACGUCAAGUUUUCGAUUAAUGGGUUGGAAUUAUUCUCGUGGGAGGAUGUAGAUCGAUCGACUGGACCUGUUGUUCGUGGUGGACGGAUCGGUUUCAGGCAGAUGAAUCCACUUGUCGCUCGAUACCGUAACUUGGAGGUUUGGAGCCUUUAG